UCACACUCGCCAUACUCCUCAAUAAAUACCCCAACCACAAUUCCAUGAGCCCUCGCUCACUCUAUUCACAAUCACCCUUCAUUGCGAAAACAAGAAAAAAAGAAGGAUCUUGAAACACACAACAACAAAAAGAUCCGAAGAUUAUAGAAAAUAAAUACUAAUUAGUUCAUUUUCGAGGAUUUUGAAAAGAAUGGCGAUGAAAAAGGCAAACAAGCUAACACAAACGGCGAUGAUCAAGCAAAUUUUGAAGAGAUGCUCGAGCUUGGGUAAGAAACAGAGUAAUGAAUACAGCGAAGACGAAAACGGGCAUCCUCUUGACGUGCCUAAAGGUCAUUUCGUUGUCUAUGUUGGAGAGAAACGGGUCAGGUACGUUGUCCCCAUUUCGCUUUUGACCCGACCAGAGUUCCAGCUUCUUCUCCAGCAAGCAGAGGAAGAGUUUGGUUUCGAUCACGAAAUGGGUCUCACUAUACCUUGUGAAGAAGUCGUCUUCCAAUCUCUCACCUCCAUGCUCGGAUGAACAUAACUUUUAGGGUUUUGCUUCUCUUUUUAAUAACAGAGAUAGCUGAUGAGUAAAUGUUUCUCUGUUUUAGCAGACUAAUUUUUAUAUGUUUUGGCUAGUACAUGGGUUUAGUGUUGUAUUAGACUGAGACCUAACCCUUAGAUAAACCCAAUGAGAAUGAUUUACUAUUCUUGGUUCUCUUUUCAGAUUUGUAAAAAAUAAAACAAAUUGCUGAUGAAGGUCAAUCGUUGUUGAAUGUGUACCCUGUGAGAGAGAUCUUAAUAUUUGAUGAAUGAGACUUUUAAUUUUCCAGAGCU